GCAAUCGCCCCGAACCCGGACGUCUACUUUGAUCCAAACAUAUGGUACUUGGAUGAGGAGUUGCGGAAGCAGGUGAAGACAUUUGCAAGAUCCUUCAUCAUGACGGGCCAGGAAGCUCCUGAAAGCAACAAGAAGCUUCAUAUCGACCUGUACAAAAAGACCAUCUCUGCGGACGGCAUCAUGGGACGAAAGCCUUAUGGCUGCAUUACCAAGAUGUUCCACAUUGUCGGGUGGUGCCUGACCCCUUCGGGAAACACGCCGGUCUCCUGGAGCGACCGUGCGCUGGUCAUGGGGACAUGUGCCGACAACAUCACUGGGUCUGAGGCAGAGGCUGUCGAGCAGCGCUUCUACUUCCACCCGAAAGGCUUCGUGCAGAGUCAGUGGAGUGCCAAAUGCUUGGACACUGAGGGCAACAACGGCUACGAUGACGCCACCGCGAUGUGGCGGAAAUGUGAGACGCAGGGCAACUGCUACAAGUUCGGCGUGCAGUACGAGCCAGACAUGGAUGGCCAAGGUCGGACGGUUGAGGCGAAUUGGUACGACUGCCAGAGCA